AUGGCGGCAACAAACAUUCUCAUUUACCUGCUCCGGCACGAUCUCCGCAUUGCGGAUAACCCUAUUCUCCAUCACCUUGCAACCGCCCCUGAUCACGGAUUCACCCACGUUCUUCCCGUGUACAUCUUCCCAGCUCACCAGAUCGAAAUCUCAGGGUUUAUUCGUGACGGAAGCAAGUCCCCCAACCCAGAGGCCCGCAGUGAGGUUGGCAAGUUCUGGAGAUGUGGGCCACACCGCGCCAAAUUUAUUGCCCAGUCCGUUUGGAACCUUAAGGACUCCCUGGAGAACGCGGGUAAUGGUCUGUGUCUGAGGGCAGGUAGAUUUGGUGACGUUGUCGAUGAUCUCCUCCAAGGGUUUAUGGACAAGAAGCAGAAGGUUGGCGCUGUGUGGAUGACGGCCGAGGAAGCUGUCGAAGAGCGGAGAGACGAAAAAGCGGUGUCCACCGUCUGCUCGAAGCACGGUGUCAAUUUCAAGACAUGGUUGGAUGAGAAAUAUUUCAUCGAUGAUCGAGACCUAGGCAUGAAAAGCCCUGAUGAACUGGACAACGUGUUCACUGCCUUUCGGAAAACCCAAGAACCACUACGCGAAAAGCCCAAGCCAACAUUGGCACCGCCGCAGAAGGGUUCUAUCCCAUCCUUCCCAGACCAAUCCGCGAUCCCUACCCAAAAGCCUCCUUUCGAAAUACCCUCCACCUAUGACGAAUUGGAGGCGGCGUUGUUGAAGCCCCUUGACAGUCCCUUUCCCAACGAGCCCAAGUUCCCUGAGAAGACGAAGUCAGUUCAUCCGUUCAGAGGUGGUGAAGAUGAGGCUCUAAAGCGCCUUCAUCACCUCGUCAAGACAGGAGCAAUGUCGAACUACAAGGACACUCGCAAUGGACUCCUCGGCGUUGACUUUAGCACCAAAUUAUCGGCAUACCUUGCCCUCGGCUGCUUAACAUCACGACAAAUCCACGAGGCGCUGGUUAAGUUUGAAGAUGGGCAGGAAGAUGAUUUCAAGGAUGCUCCGGGAUACGGAAAAGGAGAGAACGAUGGCACCAAAGCCGUCCGUUUUGAGCUACUAUGGCGCGACUAUAUGCGGCUUUGCACAAAAAAGUUCCGCGAGAAGCUAUUCCGUGUCACAGGCUUCAAGGAAGACAGCACGUCUAAAUGGAAGACAACCAAUUCUGAUCUCGCCGCGGCUGACGAAAACCUUGCCAAAGCAGACGAUGAUACUCAGAAAACGUUGCAACGGUUUCUUGAAGGUACAACCGGCAUGGGCUUGAUCGACGCCUCACAGCGCGAACUUAUUCACACUGGCUACACGUCUAAUAGAGCUCGACAGAAUGUUGCUUCCUUUUUGGCCAAGCACUUGGGCAUCGAUUGGCGCUAUGGGGCCGAAUGGUACGAAUACCUGCUUGUGGACUAUGACGUGAGCUCCAAUUGGUCCAAUUGGCAAUAUGUCGCUGGCGUUGGCAACGAUCCUAGGGGUGACAACAGAAUUUUCAACCCCGUUAAGCAAGCCUUCGAUUACGACAAGGAAGGCGAAUAUGUCAAGGCAUGGGUGGUCGAGACACGGGGCCUGGAUAAGCUGGAGAACGUUUUCCAAAUUUGGACUACAUCGCAGGAGGAACUGGAUCGCCUAGGUUUGAGUGACAACGAAAUGGUCACUAACCCUAUUAAAAAGAUCGAUUUCUCUGUCGAAGGCAAGCCGAAGAACGGUCGACGACAAUACAACAAUCGCAGAAGAGGACGGGGAAACUCGAACCAGAGCAACGGUGGUAGUGGAGGGCACUCUCGUGGCCCUCCUGGCGCACCAACCCCGAACGGCGGAUAUGCGCCACCCUCAGGUGAACCAAGCCAAGGUGCCGGCAGCCCCUCAUCAUCAAGGUCUCCGCCGAAUGGGCCGCAAGGAUACAGACCGAAUGGCGGUUUUCGCGGCAGCUUUCGUGGCGGACGUGGCCGUGGAGCGGGCGGUCAUCGUGCUGGCCGGGGAAACUAUGGUGCUAGAGGAGGAGGUUUUAGCAGCCCUUACUACAUGCACAACGGACAAUAUCGUCCACAGUGGGCCACUGCCACCCCUUCCCCGCAAAUGUAG